AUGAGCAAUUACAAUCCUGCAAUUGCUCCACCUCCUCCUCCUGCUCCUCUAGGUUACCCUAAGGAAGGUUAUCCACCGUUAGGAUACCCUGUGGAAGGUUAUCCACCGGGCUAUCCUCCAAAGCAGCCGUACCCAGCACCUCCACCUCCACCUCCACCUCCACCUGCAUCUUAUUAUUCUAAUCCUUCAAGGCAGGAGCCUAGCUUUCUCGAGGGAUGCCUGGCGGCACUUUGCUGUUGUUGCCUAUUGGAUGCUUGCUUCUGA